AUGGAUGAAUUUUAUGUCCAUCCACCUCCUCAUAACCUCCUCCAUCACCUCCUCAUCACCUCCUCCAUCACCUCCUCCAUCACCUCCAUCACCUCCUCGUCACCACCUCCUCCAUCACCUCCUCAUCACCUCCUCCAUCCCCUCCUCCAUCACCUCCUCCAUCACCCUCCUCCAUCACCUCCUCCAUCCCCUCCUCCAUCACCUCCUCCAUCUCCUCCUCCAUCCCUCCUCCAUCCUCCUCCAUCACCUCCUCCAUCACCUCCUCCAUCACCUCCUCCAUCACCUCCUCCAUCACCUCCUCCAUUCACCUCCUCCAUCCCCUCCUCCAUCACCUCCUCCAUCACCUCCUCCAUCACCUCCUCACACCUCUCCUCCUCUCCAUCCCCUCCUCCAUCACCUCCUCCAUCACCUCCUCCAUCCCCUCCUCCAUCACCUCCUCAUCACCUCCUACCAUCCCCUCCUCCAUCACCUCCUCCAUCACCCUCCUCCAUCACCUCCUCCAUCCCCUCCUCCAUCACCUCCUCCAUCCCCUCCUCCAUCACCUCCUCCAUCACCUCCUCCAUCCCCUCCUCCAUCACCUCCUCAUCACCCUCCUCCAUCACCUCGUCCAUCACCUCCUCAUCACCUCCUCCAUCACCUCCUCCAUCACCUCCUCAUCACCUCCUCCAUCACCUCCUCCAUCACCUCCUCCAUCACCUCGUCCAUCACCUCCUCAUCACCUCCUCAUCACCUCCUCCAUCACCUCCUCAUCACCUCCUCAUCACCUCCUCCAUCACCUCGUCCAUCACCUCCUCAUAA